AAAAAAAAAGAAAAAAAAAAGAGGAGUUUGGUGGGUGCGGGGUGGCUGAGUGUGGGGUGCAAGUCGUGAAAAACAGUCGAAGAGUUCGCAGCCAAAAAACUCUGACUCUCUCUCUCUCUCUCUGCUCUGGCCCGAGCAAGAUAUAUAGCAGACUGAAACAGGGAAAAAAAAAAAAAAGCUUUCAUUUUCUCAGCCAUGGCGCUUUCACGGCUUCGACGGCCAGUGAUCUCUCGGGUUCGUUGUAUCUUCAGAGCUCGUCUACCCUCUUCAUCUCCUUCCAGAUCCUUUUCUCGCACUUCCUGUGCACAAAAUCUUAUUAUGGGUGGUCUGGGUGGACAGGACACUCUCUUAAGGCCCACAUCCUUGUCAAUGGUCAGUGGAGUUCAUAAUAAACUUCUGAAAUUCAAGCCAUGCAGUGGAGUCAAAUACUUCUCAACUGAAGAUACUUCGCAUACAGUCCUUGGGAUGCCAGCUUUAUCUCCUACAAUGAGUCAAGGCAACAUUGCAAAGUGGAGGAAGAAAGAAGGAGAUAAGAUAGCAGUGGGCGAUGUACUAUGUGAAAUUGAAACUGACAAAGCCACUCUUGAGUUUGAAAGUCUUGAAGAAGGGUUUUUGGCUAAAAUACUGGUACCUGAAGGUUCAAAAGAUGUGCCUGUUGGACAACCUAUUGCAAUAACGGUUGAAGAUGAAGAUGAGAUCCAAAACGUUCCUGCUACUGUAGCAGGAGGAUCUGAGAUUAAAAAGGAGGUAAAAAAUGAGGACAAGGUACAAGAAACAAGUUCCUCUAAGAUAAAUACUUCAGAGCUUCCCCCUCAUGUUGUUCUUGAGAUGCCAGCUUUAUCUCCAACAAUGAACCAGGGAAAUAUUUAUAAGUGGAGAAAGAAUGAAGGAGAUAAGAUUGAAGUCGGUGAUGUGAUAUGUGAGAUAGAGACAGAUAAAGCCACCCUUGAGUUUGAAUGCCUUGAAGAAGGGUACUUGGCAAAGAUACUAGCACCAGAAGGUUCAAAGGAUGUGGCAGUUGGACAACCCAUUGCAAUAACAGUUGAGGAUCCAGCUGAUUUGGACAUUGUAAAGAAUGCUGUUAGCAGUAGUUCUGGUUUGAAAGAAGAAAAGCCAAUCGAUCAAAGCACUAAAAGUGAAGUUGAAGCACUGAAGACCACUGUUACAAGGAUCAGUCCCUCAGCAAAGGUGCUAAUUGCAGAACAUGGAUUGGACAUUUCGUCAUUGAAGGCAUCGGGUCAUUAUGGCACGCUACUAAAGGGAGAUGUUUUAGCUGCAAUAAAGUCGGGAGUCAAAUCUUCAAAAGUUCCUUCAUCGAAAGAAAAGACUGUUCCUUCUCCCACAGCCUCAACAGAGUCAAAAUCUCACUUAAGGCAGUCAGAUUUUUUUGAAGAUUUACCCAACAGUCAAAUUCGCAAGGUGAUAGCUAGAAGGUUGUUGGAGUCAAAACAAAAUACACCACACUUAUAUUUAUCAUCAGACGUUCUACUGGAUCCUCUUCUCUCUCUUAGAAAAGAUCUUAAAGAGAAGCAUGAUGUUAAAGUUUCAGUCAAUGAUAUUGUCAUCAAAGCUGUAGCUGUAGCAUUGAGAAAUGUACCAGAAGCAAAUGGCUACUGGGAUGAUGAGAAAGGAGAAAUCAUACUGAAUGAAUCUGUUGAUAUAUCAAUUGCGGUGGCCACCGAAAAGGGUUUGAUGACUCCAAUCGUGAGGAAUGCAGAUCAGAAAAGUAUAUCAGCUAUUUCCUCAGAGGUCAAGGAACUAGCAGAGAAGGCAAGGGCAGGAAAACUUAAGCCAAAUGAAUUCCAAGGAGGAACUUUCAGCAUUUCAAACUUGGGAAUGUUUCCAGUGGAUAAUUUUUGUGCGAUUAUAAAUCCACCACAGGCUGGCAUCCUUGCGGUAGGUAGAGGCAACAAAGUUGUUGAACCAGUAGUUGGAAGUGAUGGAAUCGAGAGGCCUGCAGUUGUCACUAAAAUGAACUUGACAAUAUCUGCUGAUCAUCGUGUUUUCGAUGGCAAAGUUGGAGCUGCGUUCCUCUCAACUUUACGUUCAAACUUCAUUGAUAUCCGGAGACUGCUUUUGUAACAACAUUACGCAAGCCUAAAAUUAGUUGUUCGACUGUUUUCUUCAGAAAGCAAGUCAGAAUUUGCAGAGAAUCACAAUUUUUCAAUGGAGUAUCCAUUACUUUAAUGUUUUGCAUUUUUGAUGUCGUCGAUGUUUUCUGGAAUUUCCUUUGGUAUAUCAAACUUGACUUUUUUCAAGGUCGAAGUUAUUGAUGUGCCAAUCGAUGCAAAAUUUUGCAUGAAUUUUAGGUUUUAAAUUUAUGUUCCCUAAAAAAAGGGAUUGAUGAUGUAUGAAGAAGGAACAGAAAAUGCUGAUACUUUAACCAAUAAAAUUUCCCCCAUUGUGCAGGCCUA